AUGGUCUUCUUAAUGGAGACUAAACAAACUUCAGAGGAAAAUGAAUCGUUGAGGAAUGAGAUGGGAUUUGAGAAAGGUGAAAGUUGGCCUAUGGACAAUAGUGGAGGUGGGAGAGCGGGUGGUCUAAGCGUUUGGUGGAAGGAGGAAAUAAAUGCAACGGCCAUGUCAGGCUCUUUACACCAUAUUGACAUGAAAAUUGUUGAAGGGACAGACGAGGUGUGGAGAUUCACGGGGGUCUAUGGGUGGCCUGAAGGAAGUGACAAGGAGCAAAUGUGGGACCUAAUACGAAAACUGUCGAAUCAGUGGGAGGGAGCAUGGCUAUGCGGGGGUGACUUAAACCAAGUGCUUACGGCCGCUGAAAAAGCGGGAGGACGCGCGCCGGUGGAAAGGGAUAUGCAGGCGUUCCGCGAUUGCUUAUUGGAUGCGCAGCUUUCUGAUCUAGGUUAUACUGGAUACGAUUUUACGUGGGAAAAUAAGAGAGCGACGGAGGGCUAUAUUGAGGAACGACUCGAUAGAUUUGUGGCCACGGCUGCAUGGCAACAUAUGUUUCGGCAAGGAAGGGUACUCCACCUGGAUAAGUUGCGGUCAGAUCAUAGGCCAAUAGUCUGUGAUACUCAUGGUGAUGAUGAUAUUGACCCAAAAUGGGGAUGGAGCUUUAAAUUUGAGCCGAUGUGGGUUAAGCAUGAAAACUGUGAAAAGGUGGUCGCGGAAGCAUGGGGCAUGGCAGGGGAGGCGGAUGCUCUGUGCAAAUUAAAUGUUGUCCGAGAGUAG